ACUGCUGCUAUUCACGACCCUCUGUGUUGUAUCAGGACUCAGGGAGCUGUUUGGCUCAGCUGUUGAGAAUAUCUCCCUAAACGUCAUCAUCUUCCCUAUUCUCUGCCUCCCCACUCCCUACCUCCCUCCCGUCGCGCCUCUGACGUAACGGCAAGAGCGUAACAGUUCACCUGAAUUUUCUAACCGGCAAAUAGCCACCAACUGUUAUUUCCGCUGAAAACCAAGCCGCUUAGGUUUCACAUGAUCCUGAAGUAGCAACAGCAUUGUCAACUUCGGGUGGGGCUCUGCUAGCAUGGCCUCCAUCACCUCCGUUGAAUUGAAUUAUCUCAUCUUUCGUUAUCUCCAAGAGUCAGAUGGCAUGAUUUUCCAGGAGCCAAGUUUGGGAAAAAGGUGGAACUUAUUGAUUAUUUGAGUCAAGACAAAGAAGAAUGUCCGUGUUGUUAUUUUUUCUUCUUCUCAUGGAUUGCAAUAGACGCUUCUUUCUCUCUUCUUGUCUGUACAUUUUGUCACUUGUUAUACUUUUUGGCAGGUUUUACUCAUUCAGCUUUUGCUUUUGGGUAUGAGGCAUGUAUCAACAAGUGCCAGAUUGAUGGCAGUUUGGUUCCACCUGGAGCACUUGUCACUUUUGUACAAAAAGGACUUCAGUACUUAGAGAUGGAAGCAAACUUGAGUAAUGCUGACUCUGAUGUGGAUGAGGAUUUUUCAUUUCUACAACCUCUCGAUCUCAUCACAAAGGAUGUUUAUGAGUUGCGUCGUACAAUAAAGGAGAGGAGAAAGAAUGAACUGAAAAAAACAAAGGAGAAAGAAUUGGAUAAGCAACAUGAAGAAGCACAUGGGCUGGUGAAAGAUAGGGAAAAACAAGUGAGGAAAAGAGAGCGUGAAAAGGAGACAGAGCGAACAGAAGAGAAGCCAAGAGAAAAGGAGCAUAGCUAUCACAAUGACAAAGAGGUUGAUACCAAUCAUGAAGACCAGAAAAAUGUUAGAAAUGAAGAAAAUGGGGUUUCUGGGGAACCAAUGGAAAUCUCUACCACCUCUACAUCUCAAAUUGUUGAACUUACUAGCUGUGAUGUCACGAUUUUGGAAGGCCACACUUCUGAGGUCUGUGCUUGUGCAUGGAGCCCGUCAGGUUCACUCCUUGCAUCAGGAUCUGGAGAUUCAACAGCGCGGAUUUGGAGAAUUGGUGAUGGGACCAAUCAAUCAAGUUCACAAAAUGGUCCUGCUGGUGAAAUAGUAUUGCUGCAUGUAAAAGCUAAAACAAAUGAGAAAAGCAAAGAUGUCACAGCUAUUGAUUGGAAUAUUGAUGGGACGCUGCUAGCAACAGGUUCUUAUGAUGGGCAAGCUAGAAUUUGGAGCACAGAUGGUGAACUGAAAAGUACUUUAACCAGACACAAGGGACCCAUUUUCUCCUUGAAAUGGAACAAGAAAUGUGACUAUAUUGUUACUGGAAGCUGUGACAAGACUGCAGUUGUAUGGGACGUAAAAACUGAGGGAUUCAAACAACAGUUUGAGUUCCAUUCAGGCCCAAUACUAGAUGUUGACUGGAGAAAUAAUGUUUCUUUUGCAACCAGCUCCACUGACCAUAUGAUCUAUGUGUGCAAGAUUGGAGAGACUUCACCAAUAAAAACCUUCUCUGAUCAUCAGGGUGAAGUUAAUUGUCUCAAGUGGGAUCCAACUGGUACGUUGUUGGCAUCCUGCUCCGAUGAUGUCACUGCAAAGAUAUGGAGCCUGAAGCAGGACAAGUGCAUUCAUGAUUUUAAGGAACAUGAUAAAGAGAUAUAUACUAUCAGAUGGAGUCCCACCGGACCUGGCACAAAUAAUCCAAAUCUGCCGUUAUUGUUGGCAAGUGCAUCAUUUGACUCAACAGUUAAGCUAUGGGAUGUUGAACAGGGGAGACUUCUCUGCAGCCUGACUGGUCACAGGGAACCUGUGUACUCUGUUGCUUUUAGCCCAAAUGGUGAGUACCUGGCCAGUGGCUCUCUUGACAAGAGUGUGCUCAUUUGGUCCCUGAAAGAAAGCAAGAUUAUCAAAAGAUAUACUGGCAAUGGAGGCAUAUUCGAAGUCUGCUGGAACAAGGAAGGUGAUAAAAUUGCUGCUUGUUUUGCCAAUAACGUAGUUUGCGUUUUGGAUUUCAGAAGGUAGGAUGAAGCAUUUUUUAGAUGAUCUAAUUCACAAUUGAAAGUCAUGGACAUAGUCUGGAAGGGGGAAGAGUUUCACUGAUUUCAAGGUUGAUUUACCAUGUAGAUGUGUGGUUUCAUUGUCUAACCCAGAAACUGAUAUGCUCUGAGGUAAUUGGCGAGCAGUCAUGUACAGAUUAGAGUGAACCAUGAAUAGUUAGUUAGAGAAGUUCCCUUGGAUAGACUCUAAAUUUUUUUUUUUUAAAUUUUAGCCUUUUAGGUCUAAAUACUACUAGCUUUUUAGUUUCAUUGGUUGUUGAAAAUUUAAAAUUGCUCGUCAUGUAGUUGGAUGGAUGUUUGUGCUGCAGAAUUUGAUUCAUUUCAUGUCUAAUUCAAGAUUAGAAAGCGUUGCAACCUUUACAUA